AUGGCUCUCGUCUGCCUGGUGCUGCUGCUCGCCCUGAGCUUAUCUUCGGCUGCACCCACAGAAAACUGGCAGCGUUUUCCCUCCCUCGACACAUUUGCCAGCUAUGAGGACAUGCAGCGUUACUUUGAUAAGCGCAACUUGCGCAGCAUGCGACACAUAGACAACCCGACGGACGACAGCUACCUGGCCGCCUUCAAUCAGUAUAACGAGCAGCCAGCGAGUACCGCCCCGUUGGCGCACUCCCGCCCUAAGCGCGAGGAGCGUCAGCUGCCGACGGCGCCACGCAUGCUGCGCUUUGAGCUGAGCGACGCAGUGGAACCCAGCCAGGAGGUGAAAGAGCUUGUGCGCCAGCAUCGGGAUCGUUCCCUCAAGGCAGCAACCCCACCCAGUAGCACGACUAAGCCGCCCACAGGCAACGCAGCUAAUAACAAGAAAUCACGUAAGCCCCGUCGGUCGAGGCGAUCGGCCGGGCAUCGGCAGCCGGCCAACUUUAAGGUGCAAAUGAUACCCUUCGAGGCCUCCGAUGCACGGGAACCGGACACAAUUACCGCUCAGCUAAUUAGCCGCGGUAGAGCCUUGGAUGUGCAACGACAGCCAGCUGCCGCAGCAGCAGAGAAGCCAGCAGCGAAAUCGCAGCGCAAGCAGGCGCGGAAGACAAAGCGCUCCAAGCGCUCGGCACCGCUGCAGGUGCUCAAGUUCGAGCUGUCAGAUGCAAAGACAUCGCUGCCAGCCGCACUGCAGCGCAGCGGGAAGCAGCUGUCCGGCUUGCUGACCAUGGAGACCCAAGCGAUGCCAGCGAAUCAAAGCCAAAUGCAGAUGCUCAGCACGCAGCAAACGCGCGUGGACGAUAACAUGGUGCUGUCGGGGGAGACGGCAGCCGAGUCGAAGCGCAUGUACAUCUACAAGGAGGCGCCCGCCAGCCACCUCAAGACGAAGAAGUCCCUGAGCGCCCUGCCGCACGAGGUGCAGAAGGUCAUCUCGCACCUGAUCAAGGACGGCAAUGGGGGCAAGGCGUACAUCAAGUACCUGACGCCCCAGAAGAUCGACUACGAGCACUACAAGGCCAAGACCGUCUCGUAUGUGCCCAAGCCAGCGGCCUACGUCAAGUAUGUGACCGCCAAGCAGGCGGAGCCACAGGUGUCUCAGGUGUCGCAGGUGCCUCAGGUGCAGGUGCACAUACAGCCCGUGCCCGUUGUGGAGCAGCUGCGCUACGUCUACAAGCCCAGCUAUGCCGCGCCCUCGAUACCACAGCCCAUUGUGGUGCAGGAGCAAGCGCCGGUGGAGCAGGUGCAUCACACAUACAGCGCGGAGGUGCCUCAGCCGGCUGCCGAGGCGCAGCUGCAGCACGUGGCCACCAGCGUGGCGGAGCCACAGUUCCGACCCUCGAAGCCAGACCCGCUGCAGCUGGAGUCCAGCCCCAUCUAUGGCCGGCCCAUUGAGCAGUACAACUAUGAGAUUCAGGCUGAGCCAAGCCACGCCACGUCGCCGCUCAUCAAGAUCGAGUACCUGGCACCCGCGGAUAGCGUUAAGGAGCACUACAAGCAGUCGGCCGAGUUUCGCGAGCUGUCCACACUGAUGGGCAAAUCGCCCGACGACCAAAUCCACGGCCUCACCUACCUGCUGGCCAAGGAGAUGCAGGCCAAGCUGCAGCGCCAGCCCAAGCAGCUGCUUACUCCGGAUCCCCGCCCCCAGGACAGCACUGCGCCCAUACUCUUCCAUCCCGGGCAGACUCAACAACAACAACAACAGCAAGCGGCGCCAGCUCCUGCUCUGUCCGCAGCAGAGCACGGCUCGCUGGGCGUUCAGCCAGGUCGCCUGAUUGGCAUGGCCAAGACCAAGCAGUAUGUGCCCAUCGUGGAGCCGGGCAACAAUGAUGUCAAGCAGCUGCCCCUCGCUCCGAGCACCGCUGCCAGCAAGCUGCACACGGCCAGCUCCUUCAUCGACUUCAGCCACGGCCACGGCCUCUCGCACGGCUACGAAGGCAUCCGCGACGAGCAGCCCGUGACCACAAUCGCGCACAUUGUGCACCACCCACCUCAUGCUCACCAGCAGGCUGGCCUGGCCACAUCUCUGCCAGCUCAGCUAGAGGCCGAGCACACGGCCAACGGACUGCACUAUGUGCACCACCAAGACGACAAAGCGCUGAAUCAGUACGCCUCAAAGUAUGCCUUCGGUUAUCGCAUACGUGAUUUCCAUACCGGCAACGAUUUUGGCCACAAGCAGAAUAGGGAUUUGCAUGGCGUGACACGCGGUCAAUAUCACAUUUUAUUGCCAGAUGGACGCGUCCAGAACGUGAUUUAUCAUGCAGACGAUACGGGCUUCCAUGCGGACGUUAGCUUCGAGAGCGGCACAACCACGCACUGAGCAC